AUGGCAAGCCCACAGCAGUUCUUGGCCCAGGCCCAGGCCCGACGAGCCCCCUCAUUGGCUGUCCCUACCAAAUUGAGCCUGCCCAAAUCGAUUCCUGCCCCGGCCGAAGAACCCGCAAGCAAUCCACUGCCGCCACACCCCCAGCAGGGAAAGCAAGCACAGGUGGAGGCUGCCUUAGAGAAGCCAAAGAACGAGAAAACAUCUCCAGCCGCUGCGGCGGUACCGGGAACACCGACCCCUGCUUCUCGAAAGCCCUCAGGACAGAAAUCAAUUCUUGCGAAGGACGAGAUACUCGUUAAACCAGCAGGAAGCAUAAAAACAUCGCAGUUGUCUUCAAAAGAAUCAAAGUCACCCGACAACACGGGUUUCACUCCGGGUUCAAUUGACCGUCAGGAAGAUGAUUCGAAUUCGGAUAACGCGCCCACAAAGAUAGAGGCGUUGACUGGCGUUCUUCUCGAGAUCGAGAGUACAUUUGAUACCGCCGACAGCCCCGACACCUCAAAGGACCCGCUCAGCAGUCCGGGUAUUGAGCAGCUAACUGGACUCAACUUUUACGUUGAACCUUCACAAGAGGAUAGUGUGACACUCUCAAAGGAUACUCCUGCAUUCUCAGACGUUGUGCGGCAGGCACAAGACGCGAAGAAGAGAGUGGAAGCGCUCCAAGCAGAUCUCAACGCAUCCGGUGGGGAUUCCAAGUUUGAUGCGGAGGCGGCAGAGGAGAGGGCCAAACAGGCUUGGGAGGUGGUGGAGACCUGUUAUCAAGCGAUGCAGAAUUAUUUUGCCGCAGUGAACUCGAAACGUCUUUCUGGCAUGCAGCCCUCGAGUCCCCAGGUAUACAAGCUGGAUCCAGUCAAUACCUCACCUGAGACUCCCAGAGGAAUUCCAGUAACUUUAUCUCAGCCUGUCUUAGAUGAAAUCGUCAAUCAACCAUCUAACGCCACACUUCACACCUCUUCGCAGCCGUUGGCAGAUGAAACCAUCAAUCAAGUAUCUAACGCCAAGCUUCAAACCCCUCCAAAGCCAUUGGCAGAUAGUUUCAAGGAGUAUCGAUCCCCUCCACGAACACCGUCUUCCCAGGAUUCAAAGGAGGAUAUGGCUUCUGAGAAAUCUCUCCCCCACGCCUCUACGAAACAGAGUUCUCAAAGCAGUGCACACGCCCACGCAAACUUUUUUCAAGGAAUGGAAAAUGCCCCCAGAGGAAUGGAAGAUGCCUGCCAUCAGAUCUCGGGUCAGUGUUUCCAGCAAGGAACCAUCCUCAUCCAAGGAACCAGAAGUGCCUGCCAUUCCUUCUCAGGAGAAUUUGACCAGUAA